GACGCAGUGACCAAGACGUUGUGUGAUUUGCAGGUGGAAUAUAUUUAGAAGUAAUACAAUAUGUCUAAUCAUAAUCAAUGAUGCAGAAAAUGUCCAUGAUUAAAAUGAGUUGAAAUUUGAAAUGAUUUUUCGUACCAAACACAUUUUCGGACAGUCCGUAUAUUUUUUGAAACGAUUUCAUUCUACCAAACUGUUGAAUUUGACAAAUGAAGAAAGAAUCAGUUUUCUCAAAAAAAUGGCUUUACCAAUGUCAAGAGAAAAUCCUGUUAUUAUGAAACUGGAUACCCCUGAAUUUCAUUCAAUAUUUAAUGAUGAAUUACGAUCUUUAGUGUCUAUUUUUAAAGAAUAUGGGUAUGAAAUUCGAAUUGCUGGAGGGGCUGUAAGAGAUCUUUUGAUGGGAAUGAAGCCAAAGGACCUUGAUUUUGCAACAACUGCUACGCCUUCUCAAAUGAAGGAAAUGUUUACAGCAGAAAACGUGCGCCUAAUAAAUAUGAAUGGUGAGAAACAUGGUACGAUAACUCCCAGAAUAAAUGAUAAGGAGAACUUUGAGGUGACUACUCUUCGUAUUGACGUUGUGACUGAUGGUAGACAUGCCAAAGUUCAGUUUACAACAGAUUGGAUGUUGGACGCCCUUCGUCGUGAUUUGACAAUAAAUUCAAUGUUUUUGGGAUUGGAAGGAUCUGUUUAUGAUUACUUCUUUGGAUAUGAAGACUUGAAAAAGCAUAAAGUUGUCUUUGUAGGAGAUGCUGUAACUAGAAUUCAAGAGGACUAUUUGAGAAUUUUGCGAUACUUUAGGUGAGUUUGU